UACAGACGCUAUGAAUCAUCCAACCAAUGGACAUACCACGACUGCGACAGUCUGAGCAGUAAAAUACUAGGAAACAUGGAAAACUUGCUAUAUGAAUGAACAAAAAACGCCAAAUUACCGUGGAUUGAAACAACAAUAAUCCAGCUGUGUGAUAAGAAAUCACUACUGGAAGAGGGUACAAGGAUUCACCCCUACCACCACUACCACCAACACCACCACCAACACCACCACCAUCACCUCCACUAUCUAUCACCACCAUGGAUGAGUCGGAUGAGGAUGUUUAUGUGUCGCAACUCAAGGAGCUCUUUGCCAGUGUUGAUACCAAGGGCGCUGGUCGCAUUGGUGCAGCGGCCCUGACAGACCUGUGCUCCAAGCUCCAGCUGGAGGGGCAGGUGGAUCUCCUGCUGGAGCACCUCCUUGGCAAUGAUACCUCAAAAACUGUUGACUUUGACACCUUCAAAGAAGCCUUUGUGAUGGUGCUAUCAUCUACUGUUGAUCUAGAUGGUGUAGAAGUAGGGACUGAUAUUGAUCAGGAGUAUAGUAUGGGAAGCUUCCAAGAUUCAGCUGACCUCAUCGAGGAAGUAUCCCCCAAAUUUGUCAAGGAUGGGAAGCGGUACGGCAGAAGAUCCAGGAUUGACUUUGAUGCGACGGCAGACUUCUCUGAAGUGGACGAUGACCUCACUAGUAACGAGCCCAAGUCCCUGGCCGAAGAGCUAGGUCCUAUGAAAUCGUACCAUGAGAGUACUGAGCAGAGUGAUAAUAGGCGGACCAGGUCUUAUGCAGAUGAGAGAGUUGAGGUUCCAGACAUUGAUCAUGAUGAUCAACGACGGUCUCACUCUCACUCUCACUCACAUUCAGCAUCUCACAAAUCUAACCAACCUGAACCAUUACGAAAUGAGACAUUUGAAGCAGAAGGUCAGAUGAAUGCAUCAAUGAGUGUGUAUGAACAGGGCCCAUCAGAAGCAGAGCAGGUACAGGCCAUCUGGGAGGAGGUAGGGGUAGGCAAGGAUGGGUUCCUCAACAUCAAUGAGCUAGCCGUUGUGUGUGAACACAUUGGCAUGGAAGACAUGGAUAGAACAGAGCUGGGUAAUCUGUUCAUCAAGCUCGACCGGGACGAAGACGGGAAGGUGGGGUUCGAGGAGUUCCUGGACGGACUCUUCCGGACGGCUGGUAUCCGUACCCCUGCCCCCCUCACCCCUCUUGCCCCCACCCCCAGCCUCCUUUCCUCCCAGAUAGCUAAGAGACGCAUGCAGGGGAUGAGUAGUGCCAUGGAUGAGCCCAUGUACAGGACAGCCACUCCUUCCAUCCUCAUGGCCCAACCCAUCACAAAGCUCUUCAGCGUACUAGAUCCAAAUAAUGCAGGUUUCACCACCAUGGAUGCUGCUAGUGAGCAGCUGAUGGAACAAGGCAUCUAUAACCCUCAGGAAGUAUUGGAGGCCUUAGAUAUGUACCCUGAUGCUGGUGGGCGGAUUAGUCUCCAGGAUCUUUCCUUGGCCCUGGAUAAUGUCCUGAUGACAACAGGAGAGAAUAACGGUGUCUACCAGGCCGCUCUUACCUCAUACCAAAGUGAACUCAAACACCUCAGAUCUUUAAACGAUCAGCUAACAGCAGAGCGAGACAAAUUCAAGAUGGACAUCACAGAAGCAAACCGUCAGAACUCAGCUCUAGUCCAGGAGAUUGAUGAUCGUCAUGCCAACAUUGAGAAGACAAAUGAAAACAAAUUGCGGGACAUGGAGAGGAAGUACCAGGAUAAGAUCAACUCACUCCAGGCUCAGAUAGAGAAAGAACGCGAGAUGAUCUCAUCACAAGCAUCUAACCAGACCACCAAGCUUCUAGAUGAGAUGGAUCAACUCAGGGGUGAUGAUGCACUAUCCAAAGAGAGGUUACAGAACCUUGUAGAGGAUAACAAUAACCUUGAGCAAGAUCUGAAUGAAGCUAUGGAGAAGCUCCUGGAGUAUGAGAAGACCAUCACCAAACAACAGAGAGAUCUCGAUGGCUUCUCAGAGCUGGAGGAAAGGUUGGCGGAUUUGGAGACGAGCAAAGACGGGGUUUCCAAGCAGCAGGAGGUCUUCUAUGAACAAAGACGUAGGGACAUGGAGGAAGAAAAACGGAUAAUGCAAGACCAAAUGGACGAGAUGAGCCAAGAGAAUGAGCUGCUGAAGCACCAGGUAUCAGAGAGGAAAGUAAGGAGGAAAGGAAGCAAGAUACAGGGUGGACCUAAAAGAGGAGGCUCGGUCCUCUCAGACUACACCGAUAAACCAAAUGUCAUGAAGAGGAACCUCAACGAUUCAUCAGAUAAUGAUUCUGAGCUAGAUGAAUUGGAUCCCAAGUCUAAAAGACAUCUUCCCAAUGUGACUGGCAUCCCAGAGGAAGAAGAAGAGGAUGAGCUCAGUGGAGAGAUACAGAAAAGACUGGAAGAAGAGAAAGCCAAGCUGGAAGCCAAAAUUGAGUCUCUAAAGGAGCAACAUCUUGAAGAAAUAGAGGAAACCAAGGAAACUUUUGAGACAGAAAUCAAAGAGAUUGAAAAGCGAUACAGACAGGAGAUGAAGGAGAUGGAGAACAGGUUUGAGCAGGAGAGUGAAAAGAUGGCCAGGGAACUGCAGGAGAAAGAGAAGGAGUCUGAAGAGGACAAGCUAUCACUUGCAAUGCAGUUUGAAGAGGAGAAAGGACAACUGAUGGAAGAGUUUGAGGGAGAGAAGGCUGCCCUUGAGCAAGCCUUUGAGAUUGUGAAAGUAGAGCUUGAUGAAACUCUGAAGACUGAAUUUGCAGAAGAGUUGGCCGAUCGGCUUGCAGAGCAGGCAGCAAGGUUUGAUGAAGAGAGGUUGUCUCUAGAGGGCGCCCUCACAGAUGAUAAGUCCAAGUUGGUGACUGAUAUCCAGCAGGUGAGAGAGGACAGUGAGUCUAAGCUGAGGAAUCUCAAGAUGGAGCUGGAAGUACAGCACCUGGAGGAGAAAGAGGAGAUCGAGUCCAAGUUUGAUGAGGCGAGGGAGGAUCUCCGUCUUCAGCUCCGGGAGAAACAGAACGAGCUGGAUGGCAUCCUGGAGUACGGAGAAGCGGGAUUGAAAGGCCAGCUCAAAGAGGACUUCAUUGACCUCCUCGACAAGCACAAGCAGGUGACUGAGAAUGACUUCCUGGAGAAGUUGGAGGUGGAGAAGGAAGCCCUGAGCCUCCAGUUGCAGGAGGAGAGGCAGGGGAUGCAGGAUGAGUUUGACAGGGAGAAGUACGAACUUUCAGACGCUGUCAGUGGAGAGAAGUCUGAUCUCCUGGAGCACUUCCAGAGAGAGACGGAUGAGAUGAUUGAGAAGCAUCAAAGAGAGAGGAAGGAAGCCGAAGAGAGAUUCAAGGCAGAUAGGAAUAAGAUGGCUGAUAAACAUCGUAAAGAGAUUGAUGAUCUGAUGAGGAUGAAUGAGGAAACCAUAGAUGACUUGAAGAAACAACAUGCAAAGGCCAUUGAUAAACUCCAGAAGGAGAAGAGUAAACUGGAGGAGAAGCUGGAGAAGGAGAAGAGGAAGCUGGAGGAGCGUAUGAAGACGGACAAGGAGCGAUGGGAGGAGGAGAAUGCCAAACUGAAGCGUCGUCAUGAGCAGGAGCUCCAGCAGGCAGCGGAGGAGGCAGAGAGGGAGAGGGACAUGAUGGAGAUGGCCGUCAGGGUAGAGGUCCAGAGAAAUGUCGAGAAGGAGGUAACUGAGGAGUAUGAGGAGAAGAUGGACCAAGUCAAGACGGAAUUUGAGGAUGAAAAAGCAGAGAUCAUAGCAGAGAAUGAAAUGCUGCAAAACAAACUAAGAAUGGCUGAAGUAGCCAAAGAGGAGGCUGUAGUAGCGAUUCAAAUGCAGACCCAGGAAGCAGCAUUGCAGCAAGCAAGGCCAGAUAGGGCUUCUUAUGAUGCACUUUCUACUGAGCGUGACCUUCUCAAGCUAUCUCUUUCUGGAUUGGAGGAGAAGUUGCGGAUGAUGACAGAAAAGGCAGAUUCAGCCAAUCAGGAGCUACAUACCUUUGAGACGAAGCUUAUGGCUCUGGCGACGGAGAAAUCUCACCUCCAGAGGGAGCUAGAAGAUCUCAACAAAAAGUACAUCAACAUGCAGAUGCAGAUAUCCGUAGCAAGCUCCCAGCACUCGAGAGAGAUGGAACGGGUCAGACAGGCGCAGGCUCUAGAGUUCCAGGGAGAACUGGGCCACCUCAGAGAGGAGCUUGCCCAGAGAGACGGCAGGCUCGCGGAGCUCAACAGACAGAUGAAGGAGAAAGCAGAGGAACUCAAGAGGGCGCUGUCCAUCGGUAAGGAGACAGAGGGGUCAGAUGUCAGGAAGAUGAGGAGAGGGAAGGAGGAGGCAGAGAAGAAGUACAGGAAGAUGAGAGCCAUGUUGGAGGAGUACAUGAAGAAACUCAAAGAUCAGCUUGCUAAAACUACUCGUCAUGACGUGCUUCUCAAGGAGUUGUAUGUGGAGAACUCCAAGCUACAGAGGACCCUGCAGCUGACCGAGGAAAGACAGAAGACGGCAGAGAGAAACUGUCACAAUCUGGUGGAGAAAAAUCAAGCUUAUCUAAACAUUCUGAAGAAGGUGUGUCCUGCAGCUGUGUGAAUGUGAGCGGACUGAACUUUCCAAACCUCAUAGAGAGGCAUACCUGAAUAUUCUCGAGGAAAGACAGCAGACUGCGGAACGGAACCGUCCCAAGGAGGAGUUUACGGGAACAUUCUGAAAGGAGGUGUGUCCAGUAGCUGUGUGAAUAUGAGCUGACUGAACUUUCAAAACCUCAUAGAGGCAAGACAGCAGACUGCCAAAUGGAACCGUCCCAAGGAGGAGUUUACCGGAACAUUCUGAAGCUGUGUGAAUAUGAGCUGGCCAAGCUUUCAAAACCUCAUAGAGGCAUACCUAAACAUUCUCGAGGAAAGACAGCAGACUGCCGAAUGGAACCGUUCCAAGGAGGAGUUUUGGGGAAAAUUCUGAAAGGAGGUGUGUCCAGCAGCUGUGUGAAUAUGAGCUGACUGAACUUUUAAAACCUCAUAGAGGCGUACCUGAACAUUCUCAAGGAAAGACAGCAGACUGUGGAAUGGAACUGUCCCAAGGAGAAGUUUACAGGAACAUUCUGAAGAAGGUGUGUCCUGCAGCUGUGUGAAUAUGAGCUGACUAAACUGUCAAACCUCAUAGAGGCGUACCUGAACAUUCUCAAGGAAAGACAGCAGACUGAGGAAUGGAACUGUCCCAAGAAGGAGUUUACGGGAACAUUCUGAAAGAAGUUUGUUCUGCAGCGGUGUGAAUGGCGAUCCUGAGACGUUGGAGGAAAAUCUAUGGAAUCAUGAGUGGAACUGUCAAAAACUGAUGGAGAAAAAUCAAGCUUAUCUAAACAUUCAAAAAAACAUCUGUACAACAGCUGUUUAAAAGUAAAGAAAACUCUAUGCAGAGAUGAGCUGCACUUCUGUCCUGCAACCAUGUGAAAAAUGGCUCAUAGAUUAGAAGAAGCAGAGAUCUGCGCAGCAUUAAUCAUAGCUGAACAUUCCGAAGAACACCUGUACAUCAGAGGAAGAUCUAUGCAGGGUUGCCUUGGAGUACCAUUCCUACUUGUUCCGAUUAGGACAAGGUCCAAUCUAACUGCUCAUAUGCUCUUGAUCACGAGACACCAUCAUAGUUAGCUGUUAGAGGAGAUUGAUUGCUCAGGGAAUGCUUCCAGAUGAUGGAGAACAGCAAGACGUCACCUUCCCGUCAACUAAUAGCAUGGUCAUGUUGAAAAAUAAGGUGAUCAUUGCCUAAUGUCUGUCUUGACAUAGUUAUAAGCACAUAUAUUCUACAUAUUUAUACAAAUUAUGUAUUUUUUGUAUGUAAACGAAUAGACAAAAUACUGUUCUAGAUUUGUAAAUUGUAUAGCUGUACAUAUAAUGUAAAUGCUGCAAUUUUUUAUAUUUAUACAUGUACAUAUAUAAUCUAAAUAUAUAUACUUUCUUUUGCGUAUGAAUGCCUUUUAGGUUUUGUGUCUUUCAGAAUGAUAGCAACAGUGACACGAGAUUUAACCAAUGCUUUCAAUUUUAUAUAAAAACCAGGAGUAAUUUUAUUUUGUACUCUUAUCAGAUGAGAUGUAUUUUUAAUUAUCAAAUGGAAUAAUUGAUCUUCUUUUGUUUAGAUUGAAAUAUUUCAUCAAAUUAUGUUUUAUGUCAAGGCAAUAUUGAUUAUUGCCAUUUUUUAAAACAAAGUAUGUUAAUUAAGUCUUGAAAUUUGUGUUGAUCAUGGAUACUUUCAUAAAUAAGAAAAUUCAAGUGACUUUCAUUUGUCCUCAGUAUUAGAUUAGAUAAACAGUAAAAAGAUUAUCAGGAUAGAUUAAUUGUUUUUUUUAAUUCAAAUCUGUAUUAACCAAGAAGUUCUUAUUUAUGUUUUAAAUGGAAUUCACCUUGAAUUGUAAUUUGUUUUGUGGUGCACAAUUAUGUUUUCAACUCGAUAAUAUACAUUCCUCUUCAGCUAUACAGUGCGUCCCAGAAAA